AUGUAUUAUUUUACAGAUGACACAAUAAUAAAUUCAAAAUUAUCAAACACUUAUCUAUAUACUAAAUUUAAUUGUAAUAUAGAUUAUUUAGAAUAUGUACCUACAACAACAACAGAAACCAACAAUAUAAAUUCAGAUGAUUUUGAAUUUGAUAUUAAUAAUUUUCAAAAUCAGCAAAAUCAAGAUCAUUAUUUAAAAAACAAUCAAAAUUUAUUAUUAUUUAUUAAAUAUUUAAAAUCAAAUCCUGAUUAUAAAUUUAAUAAUUAUUUUUAUUAUAAAAGAUUAAAAAAUAUAUGUUGGAGAAGGAUAUAUCAAAAUCAUAAAGAUUUACAAUUUUUAAAUCCAUUAAUUAUAAAUUGGGAUAAAAAUUCAGAUAUUACUUGGUUAUAUGGUCCAAAAAUUGAAUCAUCAUUAUCUUCAUUAAUUAAUUUAUCACAUCAAAAUGAAAUAAUGAUAGAGAAAGAUGAAGUAGAAGUAGAAGUAGAGGAAGAGGAAGAAAUUGAUAAUCAUACAAUUACUGAUGAAAACAUUAAUAAAUUUAAUAAUAAUGCUAUUAAUAUUGACAACACUACCAACAAGAACAAUAAAGAUGAUGAUGAUAUUUCUGUAUCAUCAUUAGAUUCAGAUUCAACAAUAACUUCAAAUUAUAGUUUAAAUUCAUCAUCAAGAAAAAGUUCAACAACAUCGAAUUUAUCAAGUUCUUAUUAUGAAGAAGACUUAAAACAAUCUCAACAACAACAACAACAACAACCACCUCCAAGAUCAUGUUUAAAAGGUUCACCAAAAUUAACUUCAACAUCUACAUUUCAACAACCACAACAACAACAAUCACGUAAAGUAUCAUUUAAUUAUAUUAUAAAUAUGAGAGAAAUAAUAGAUAAUAUUUCAUUAGAUUAUAAUUUUUUAGAUAGAAAUUGUGUUUAA